UUGGACGCGGGCAGGACGGAGACAGAUAAUCCAAUCAUUAGUCGACUAACAGCUCAGGGUCCAUGUCGUCUUGGCUUCAGUCUCUGAGGGAUGAGUUCACUCUGAGACCGUUUGAGAUAGAGCAGACACGCAGUGACGGCGCUGCCAUGGCGUCAGGACCUCCGGAGGGGAUGGCCAAUCAGGAGCCUGCUGAGGUUGCGGAGGAGUGCUCAGGAAAGAAGAAGUCCAAGUUCCAGACGUUUAAAAAAAUAUUUGCAAGGAAGAAGAGAAAGGAGCCGCCAGCAGCAGGAGCAGAUGCUGGGCUCAAAGCCAGCGAAUCAACUGACAAUGUCGGCAAAACCUCCGAAAAUAACACCCUCACUCGAUCAGAGAAGGGAUCUGGGUCAAAGAUCAGCCUGGGCGGAAAGGCCUUGUCCCAUGACUCUGUCUUUGUUUCGGACUCAUCGGAGACCAACAAUGCUCUGGGGGCAUCUCAGGAGAGCAUCCACGGGAAAGUGAAAUCACUACAGCUCCAGCUGAAGCAGGCCAUCAGACUGGGCUCUCCUCCGUCCAUCAUGUGUGUGAAGAGAGCGGACGAUGCUGGAACCAUGUCUGAGGACGACGGCCUGCCCUGUAGUCCCCCUGAAUACAACGCGCUUCACACAGUCAUGAAUAAGGCUCAGAGGAACAGCCGCAUGAGUCUGGAGGGAGUAGACAGUGGCGAUGACCAGCAGUCCUGGUCGGGCUCCAGCAGAGCAGUGAGUCCUCUGGUGGUCCCGGGGGACUUCAGCCAGCCGGCCAGCCCCUUCGGCUGUCUGGAUAACUCUGCUGCCAAACACAAGCUGGGCCUGAGACACAAAGCCUGCAACAGGAGGAAACACGUCUCU